AUGGUACCAGCUUUCCAGAUGCAGCCCUACUACAGGGCGACGUCUUUGAGCGUCGACACACAUCACGCUCAAAAAUAUUUCGAGGAAGAGGACAACAGCGUUCUGGACGAAAACAUCCUGGAGCACAGUGCCGUCGACUCAGGCUUGGAGAUGUCACCCCCCAUGGCCAACAGCCGGCGGGACUCCUUCGCCGUCGGCUCCUCGCUGUUCUCCCCCAAGACGGAGGACUGGCACUCUGUAGACAUGCAGUCUAUCCCUUCCAACAACCCCUUUAUCGGGAACCAGUCACAACAACACAGCAACAACCCUUUUUUCCGACUCGACCGCCCCGACCCAUCUCCCUUCGGCCCCCCGAGCAACGCCUGGUCAUUAGGUAACGGCUCCGGGUCUUGCACCCCUCUGCCGCAGUUCGACGGUCUGCCGGCGGAGUUUGAUGCGGCCGCGUCCCUGUUCCCACAGCAGCCGAUGCAGAGCCAUACGCCUAUCACACCUUUUGGCAAUCCCUCGGGCCAGGUCAACUUGUUCUCCUCUCUCGGCUCCGCCACCCAGCCGAUCCCACCAUCGCCGCAGAAGGCCUGGAUCGGUCAGAACGAGUCGAUGGCCAAGAAGAUGCGGCCCAACACCCCAUCCAUCCGCUCACACAACGAGCUCCGUCGGGGCGAUGGCAUCAGGAAAAAGAAUGCCCGCUUCGAUAUCCCGGCCGAGCGCAAUCUCAACAACAUUGACCAGCUCAUCGCUCAGUCUACUGACGAGCAAGAGAUUAAGGAGCUCAAGCAGCAAAAACGCCUGCUACGUAACAGACAGGCAGCUCUGGACUCGCGCCAGCGCAAGAAGCAGCACACUGAACGUCUAGAAGACGAGAAGAAGCACUUCACGGCUGUCCUCGGCGAGAUGGAGGAGGAGAUGGCGGACCUCAAGGAGAAGAUGGAGCAACUCUUGCGCGAGAAGCAGUCGUACCAGGAGUACGUCGAGACGCUCACCCUUGAAAAGGAAGAGAUGAUUCGGUCGCAUACCAUCGAGACGGGCGAGCUUCGGAAGAAAGUCGGCGUCCUCACCGACCACGUGCAGAGGCUGGAGAGCUCUGCCAUGUCCGCCGGCGCGCCCGCCGCCCACGGCUUCCCCUCGGUCUUCGACGACAUGGACGGCAUGACCAUGACCGGCCUGUCCGCCCCGUGGGACAAUGCUGGCCUAUUCGGGGAGUAUCCGGACGAGCCCGAGGAAGUCAAGCAGCAGGAGCUCCAAGUUGUGCCCGCCAAGAAGACCGAGAUUCAUUUCCCCGCCGAAGUCGAGAAGCCCGCGACCCAAGGCGGCAUUCUCUUCAUGCUCUUCCUCGUGGGCGCUUUUGUGCUGUCGAAUCGGUCGGCAUCGGCGCCAAGCAUCCCCCGCGUUUCCGAGGACGUAAGGGCAGAGGCGGCAACGCUUCUCGAGAGCGUGUUCAAGGAUGCCGGCGUUGGCGAAGCAUCGACCACGAUCCAGGGCGGCAUGGCACCUCAGCCAUCGGGAAUGGCCUGGACCAGCAACCCGACCCUGUCAACAAGCGCAGGUGGCUCGGCCAACGGCAACGUCAACGUCGUGGAGCCCUCGAUGCUAAGCCAGCUAGGCGACUCGCUGAUCCAGCCGAGCCAGGAGCAGACGAAUGAACAGAUUUUCGGGCUCUCUGCGGCACAGUAUAACGGUGUCACCUCUCAGGACUUCCUCCAGAAUCCGCCCGAGCGUUCCACCAGCCAGGGACGGAGAAACCUUGCCGAGGCGCUGGCGGGUAUGCGAAAUAACAACAAACAAUCGGCUGCCGAAGUGUACACGAGGUCUCUGUUGUGGGAUCAGAUCCCCAGCGAGGUGGUCAAAAACUUCGCACGAAUGAUUGCAGAAUGCAACAACGCAGAUCAGAACGAGCAACGACAGCAAGAAUGCAUGGAAGCCUAA